AUGCGGGCGGCGGCGGCGGCGGCGGCGGCGGCGGCGGCGGCGGCGGCGGCGGCGGCGCUGGUCUCGGAUGCCUACAUGUUCGGCGACUGGGAGCAGCACACCAAGGGCUUCGGCUCGCGGAUGAUGAACCGCAUGGGCUACCGGCGCGGGGAAGGGCUCGGCAAGGAGAAGCAGGGAAUCUCCCGACCGGUUCCCAUCCGUGUUCUACCCGAGCGCCGGACCUUAGACCACCUGAGAGUUGACGAUGUCGGGGGGGGCAAGACGGCGCGCUCCGUCGGCGGCGACGGCAAGAAAAAGAACAAGAAGAAAAAGGAUAACAACAACAACAAGCCUGGCGGCAGCAGCGGCGGCGGCGGCGGCGGAGGCGGCGGCGGGAUGUUCAACUUCCUGAACAAGACCAUGCACGCCUCCAUGAGCAAGCGGAAAGCCGAGGGCGGCGGCGCAGCAGCGGCUGCCUCGCCGCUCCCCGGGCAGAGAAUACGGCCCCUGUUCGAUGCGGGAGGGGCUUCUUAUUCUUCUUCUGCUGCUACUUCGACCUCUAUCCCGACAGCUACUACGGCCGCCGGGGCCGGCACCGCCCACGCGCUAAGGAAAUCUGGGGUGUUUCCCGACAAGAAGAGGGACGGCGGGGGAGCGGGAGCCGGGGGAGCGGCGGCGGCGGCGGCGGCGGCGAGGAUGUCUCAGGCGGAGCUCAGGUCGCACCUCGUCGGGGCCCGCGAGGCCGAGGCGACGCUGGCGGCAAAGAUCGGGCGGUUGAAGGAAACUAUCUCCCGCAACGAGGAACUAGAUCCGAGGACUGCUGCGCAGGCGAGGCAGAAGCUCAAGCAGGUCUGCCAGCAGGCCAAGGAAGUCCGGGACAGCAGGGGCCGGGCGGAGAGGGCUCUCGAGAACCGCGGCGGGGGGGGGGGCAAGGGCGGCGGCAGGAAGGGGGGAGGGAAGGCCGGUCUGUUUUCGUUUUGA